AUGGCCACCGUCUCAGGCCCCGCCGUCGCCCGCCACCCCUCGCCCACCUUCCGCAAACCCGCCAAAGUGGCCUCCUCGCGGCCGGCGCCCACGACCCACAGCCCUCACCCUGAUACCCUCUCCCGGCUGCCCCCGUCCCAGCCCGAUCCAUACUAUGGGCAUGAGGAGACUGCCAAGCUGUGCGCUCGCUUCGUCACGCAUUUGUUUGCGUGCCCGGAUCUCCCGCCGCUAUCGACAACCCGUCCGCCCGCGCCCUCCCCGCCGCUGGCCCUCUUCAUCGCAUAUGCCCUCCACCGCACCCGCCUCCACACCUCUGUCCAUUUUGCAGCGCUCUACCUCCUGCAGCGCCUAAAAGCCCGCUUUCCCGCCGCACGCGGGUCUUCUGGCCACCGCCUCUUCAUAUCGGCGUUCAUGAUCGCGAGCAAGGUCAUCUGCGACGACACCUACAGCAACAAAUCGUGGUCCAUCGUCGGCCAGGGCAUGUUUGCGCUUCGCGAGAUCAAUCAGAUGGAGCGUGAGAUGUGCAGCUAUCUGGAGUGGCAAUUGAACAUCGAGCCCAACGCGCUCAAGGAGUUCGAGCUCAAGGUACGGCGCGACUUCAAGGGCCCCGGCCCGUAUCCUACGUACUCCCUCCCGUCGCCAGCGCCCUCGCCCAUGCCGUCCACCUCCCCCUAUGCAGCUGCCGGCUCAAGCGCCAGCGCCAGCACGCCAUCAUUCGCCACGCGCGUCUCCUCGUCGCCGCCGAAGCCCGUCGUCUCCACGCCAGUGUCGAAUCACUCCGUUGCCUACCCCUCGCCGCCGCACACGCCCGGCGAGCUCGACACCCCUGAGCCAUCAUAUUCGACAUCGACAUCGCCGGCGUCGUCGGCCAGUCCGCCAACGCCGCCAGGGUACGUCGACAACUCGGCGCGGAUCGUGUCGACAAGUACGAUGGGGACCCCUGGCGCACUCGAGCGCGAUUCGGUACCUGUCUCCUCGUUGGCGCGUAAACACUCCACGGCAAGCGCCGUGUCGAGCGUCAACUACGGCCGGCCAAUACCGACCAGCGCAAACUCCUCAUCAAGUAUCAAGAAAUCGUCCAAGAUGUCUGGUGACCACUAUGCCCGGGCGAUGCCAUGCAAAUGGUAG